AUGCCCCGCAGACCAUCCUCGAUGGAAUCUGUGGGUUCUUUGGGCUCUCCCAUUGACCCCAAGUAUAGGAAGAAGGUCGCCGUCGUCGGUAGUGGUUCCGCAGGCAUCGCUGCUCUAUGGGCGCUGAAUCGAAGUUACCAUGACGUUUACAUGUACGAAGCCUCGUCGAGGCUCGGCGGACAUACCAACACCGUGACAUGGAAGAAUGGGAAGUAUGAGACCAGUGUAGAUACUGGCUUCAUCGUGCUUAACACUGCGACAUACCCAAACUUCAUCAACUUUCUCAAGAGGGUCAAGGUAGACACGGUGCCAACUGAGAUGACGUUCGGUGUCACUCGAGAUCAUGGCCUGUUCGAGUGGGCCGGCACCAGCUUAGACGCCGUCUUUGCGCAAAGGAAAAACAUCUUCUCGCCCCGAAUGUGGCGCAUGAUAUUUGACAUCAUCCGCUUCAACCAGUUCGCCUUGGAUCUGUUAAUGGCUGAUGACGACGACGAUGCCGCCGCGAUGAACGGCGACAGCAAAGGGACCAAGAAGGAGGAGACGAUCGGCGAGUACCUUGAACGGGAAGGCUAUUCAGAUGCCUUCAGGGACGACUACCUGAUUCCCAUGACCGCGGCCGUGUGGAGCACGAGCCCGGACAAGUGCACACUAGACUUCCCGGCCGUCACCCUGGUUCGCUUUAUGUGGAACCAUCACCUUCUCUCGACCGUUUCCACGAGGCCCCAAUGGCUCACUCUGAAGAAGUGCGCCAAAUCGUACAUCGACGCUGUCAUGAGUGGCUUCCCUUCUAAUCAUCUCUUCCUCAAAACGCAAGUUACGCAGGUCACGAGUGAGGAGGACGGUAGAGUACGAGUGCACACUCACAACGGCAAGUCCGAUGUCUACGACCAUGUCAUCCUGGCGACACACGGGGACCAAGCCCUCAAGAUUAUCGAAGGAUCGGCUACGCGCGAGGAGAAGGAAAUUCUCUCCGCGUUCAAGACCUCCGAAAACUCGGUCGUUCUUCACUCCGAUCUCUCACUAAUGCCGGCUUCCGAAAAGGCCUGGUCCAGCUGGAAUUAUCUCACCCUCUCCUCGCCCGCGACCGGUAAGCAGAACAUCGAUCAGGUUUCCCUGACCUACAACAUGAACAUCCUCCAACACAUCCCGCGCGAGACGUUUGGUGACGUCCUAGUCACGAUGAACCCCCUGCACCAGCCGAACCCGGACACGAUUCAGGGCUCCUUCACCUACCGCCAUCCCCUAUACACGCCCGCUGCUGUACGUGCCCAGAAGCUACUGCCUCGUAUUCAAAACAAGCGAGGCAUCAGCUACGCCGGUGCGUGGACGAAGUACGGCUUCCACGAGGACGGCUUCAGCAGUGGACUACAUGCCGCCCAGGAUCAUCUGUACGCGAAACUCCCUUUUCAGUUUGUCGACUCGACCUACAGCCGCGGAAGGAAACCCUCACUUGGCCUUGCCGAUCUUUUGCUACGACUUGCUAUUCUCAUUUUCCAGGUGUUUGUUAUCAGAGUGCUCGAGAGGGUUGUCGGCAUAGCUAAGCGGGCGAUAUACCCCCAGGCUAGGAGGUUGAAGAAUGUCAAAGCUGCGUAG